GUGCCGGCCACCUCACAGAACGCUCUGACAACUCUACUACCGCCGCCAUCAUCGCCGGGUUUGAACCCUCCAUCCCGCCGUAGCCAGAUUGCUGGCCUGCCAUUCGGUCUUUCCUUCUUUCUUUCUUCCGAAUCUCUUAAGUCCUCGGCUUCAAGAUGGAAUCCUUUGCAGCAGCAGCAGCAGCGGCAGGAAGAGGGAGUCCCCUCCGAGGGGUCCGAGCCGAGACUGCAGAAAUGGCAGCGCAGAAGAUUAACGAAGGGCUGGAGCAUAUCGCCAAAGCAGAGAAAUACCUGAAAACUGGUUUUUUAAAAUGGAAGCCAGAUUAUGACAGUGCGGCAACUGAAUAUGGGAAAGCAGCUGUUGCUUUUAAAAAUGCCAAACAGUUUGAUCAAGCCAAAGAUGCCUGUCUGAGAGAAGCUGCUGCACAUGAAAAUAAUAGGGCUCUUUUUCAUGCAGCCAAAGCUUAUGAACAAGCUGGCAUGAUGUUGAAGGAGAUGCAGAAAUUACCAGAAGCUGUUCAACUCAUUGAGAAAGCCAGUAUGAUGUAUCUGGAGAAUGGGACUCCUGACACAGCAGCCAUGGCUUUGGAACGGGCAGGAAAGCUAAUAGAAAAUGUGAACCCUGAAAAGGCUGUACAGUUAUAUCAACAGACAGCUAAUGUAUUUGAAAAUGAAGAACGCCUACGACAAGCAGUUGAAUUACUAGGAAAAGCCUCUCGACUUUUAGUACGAGGACGUAGAUUUGAUGAGGCUGCACUUUCCAUUCAGAAGGAAAAGAAUAUCUAUAAGGAAAUUGAAAAUUACCCAACAUGUUAUAAGAAAACAAUUGCUCAAGUCUUAGUUCAUCUUCACAGAAAUGACUAUGUAGCUGCAGAAAGAUGUGUCAGAGAGAGCUAUAGCAUACCAGGAUUCAAUGGAAGUGAAGACUGCACUGCCCUGGAACAACUUUUAGAAGGGUAUGACCAACAAGACCAAGAUCAAGUUUCAGAGGUCUGCAAUUCUCCACUUUUUAAGUACAUGGACAAUGAUUAUGCCAAGUUGGGUUUGAGUUUGGUGGUCCCAGGAGGAGGAAUCAAGAAGAAAUCACCAGCAACACCACAGGCCAAAAGCGAGGGAGCAGAAGCCACAACUGGUGGUGAUGAAGAAGAGGAUGAAUAUUCUGGAGGACUGUGCUAGUUAUUCACAUGUAUACUCUUAGGAUGGGGAGUAGAGGGAAAGUUUGAUGUUCUGUUUUGUGGAUGUUGAGUAUACCCAAAUUUCUAACCUUCCUCUGUUGUCCUGAAUUGGAAUACUAAUAUAGAAGCUCCGUAUCUUGGGCUGCUAUACCAAAAUUUUCUUCAUUAGAUCCUACCUCCUGUGAAUCCUUAGUUUAUUCUUUCCUUGGUAAAAGUUUGUCCAGAGUACCAGCUUCAAUUUUGUAAGGCAAUUCAUAGAAAAAUGAUAACAGGAUCCUUUGAGAGGCCGGGUUCUAGAGUUAAGGUUAUGGAUUAAGAAUUCAGGUAGAACGUUCAGAUGUCAUUUUUCCACUUCUUUUUUUUAUUCCCUGACUUUUUUUUCUCUUUCCUUUAUUAACUAGUAAUUGGCACUAAAAGCGACUUGUCCAGAAAGAAAGACAGUACCUGGUUUGCUUGUUUUCUUGUGUGAUAAGUGUCUGUGCGUGCGUGUGUGUGUGUGCAUGUCUAUACACAUUUUAAAGAAUAUCUCAUGCUUAUCCCAUAGGAAGCAUUAAAUGGUUCAAUCCUUUUAGAAAACAAAUUUGGGAGCAAGAGACGAUUUGGAACCAUGGACCUGUUUUUAGCCUAUUUAAGUAUGUAUUUCUGGUCUUAACAAGUUAAUUUGCAAAAUUUGAUUAAAUUUACCUGGCAGAUUUAUGGUCCUUUCCCUAGAUUUUAAUGAGAUGAUUAUAUACAUAUUCCAAAGAAAGAGCAUUGACUCAGGUUAAUUGGAACCCAUGAAAAACCCUUUUGUAAUUGUGCACUCUGAGGAGGGAUCUGAGAAUGAAAUGAAUACCCAUCCAGCUCCUCUUACACAAACUACCUCCCUGCCACAAACACUAGUUAGUACUGGAAGAAUAACUGGCCAUCGUUGAGGAUAAGGUCUGCACAGCAGCAUUCAAGGUGAAGGGCAAGAAGCAUUUUUGAAAAUACAAUGGGUUUAAAGCACCAUGCUUCAAAUAUUUAAGUAGUCAUUUCCUAAAAUGGUUGCUAUGAUGCAUUCCUGUGGUGCUUUAUGAGUGUUUCUUAUAUGCAUUUUACUUUCUUGCUCCCUGGUCAAAAGUUUUGUGUCAUAGUCUUUUCAAGUGAUCUGCUUUUAUGGAAAAGGGCUCUAGGCACAAGUAACAUGCAUUCUGCAGGCAGAUGCUAACCCGUUUGCACUUUGGUUUCCUAUUUAUUCCCUGGACAUACAUAUAAAUAUAUACGUGUAUACAUGUGUGUAUAUAUGUAUGUGUAUAUGUAUAUAGAUUACAAAUAAUUUCCAUAUUUAUGCCUGAUCUCUGAAGUAACCAUAGUGAGACUGAUUUUAGCCAUUUCUGAAAAUCAGUUUUAUUACCACAGAGUCCCAUCUCAUUUAUGUGUUCUGGUCCGCUAGACUUCCCUCAGAGCAUUAUGGGCCGAUGAAUGAAAGCAUCCUUGAGAGAGAGGACUGAUUCUUUAGGAAACCUGGACAUCUUUCUAGAGUCCAUGAGAAAUAAAUCCUCUCUGAGUUUGGUGUAUGUAUAUUAGUGUUCUGGCAGAAAUGCUUAUUUUAGUGUGUUAUAAAACCCUAAUAUGUUUAGUAUUAUUUUAUUUUCCCAAGCCCAUUACAUCAUACUGCAUAUAUCGUCAUAUGUUCAACAUUACAGCAAGCAUAUCAGGACUAACUUUGGACUGUCACCUGCAUUUGGUAUUUAGUAUUGCAAGAUAAGAAUGUUCCAGUCUUAAGGAUUCUUUGGCCACUGCUGCCAUGCCACUUUGUAGGAUUCAUAGACUUUGCUCUGGGCAAAUUGUUACCUAUCCCCAAGUAAAUAUGACUGUACUCAAGGCUGUGUGUGAGUCUGUAUUGUACUAUUCACAUAUCACAUUGUCAGUUGUUUUUUUUUAAUGUCCUUCCAUUUUUACAACAAACAAUCUGAAAUGAGUUAGUGUAUCCAAUAGCAGGAACAUAAUUAAGCCUCAGUUUUCAAAAGAAAUAUUUUGGGAUUAAUUUUUUUCAUAGAGCUGCUUCAUUUUCUUUUCUUAGAAUCCCCCUCUCAGCCUUCUUUUCCCCAAUGUUCAUAACUAAAGCACAUUACCUUUGUUCAACCAUGACUGAAUGUUUAACAGAGCUAUUCUAUCCUAGUAUCAAAAAACAUUUGUCCAAAUGGAUCGAUUUUUUUUUGUUUACCCUAUGAUGCAGUUUGCACUCUUUAAAAUAUUUUAUCAUGAAAACCAAGUUAAGAGUGGAAAACAGUGAGGUGUUGCAAUAGGAAAAAUGUUUUCCAGAGUUCUACUUUUUCCCCUUUCAUACAGAAGCAAAAGUCUGCAUGGAUAUGCUCAAAGUUCAUUAGAAUUUUCCAUUGUAAAUGAAGUCUUUCUCCGCUAUAUAUUUAAUAAAUUUGUACAUAGACAGAAUAUGGUAUUCUUAUGGUGUGAAAUCUGUGCUUCACUUGUAUUUUUCCUAAUUUUGUGAUGUAUAAAUAGAGCAUUAAGUGUUAUAGAAAUACAGAUUAUUGCCUCUCUGGAAAGAAAUUCCACAUGUGACAAUUAUGAAAAUAAAACUUGAAGCUUUAA